AGAAAAAUCGUUCGAAGAAAGUUUUUAAAUAGUUCAAAUGUCAUCACCGUCCUGCAUCUUUUCAAUUGAAACCAAUAUGUAACCCCUAACUUCAGAUUCACUUCAAAAUAGAUUUGAUGUUCCUAAUGCGGAACAAGACGAACCAAACGAAUAACUUUUAGAUAUGGAACUCAAAAAUCUCAUCUAGCUCAGCUGUUAAUUAUAUAUAUUGAAAAUUAGUAGCUGAAUCGAGAGAAAAAGGAGCAACGAUGUCAAGCAUUCCAGAAGAGAUGUACCAUGAAAUCCUUUUUAGGUUGCCAGUGGAAUCAUUACUUGUAUGUAAGUCUGUUUGCAAGAGUUGGUAUGCCCUAAUCUCUUCCUCUGAUUUUGUUAAUACCCAUAUUACUAUGCAGAAAAACAACCCUAUUCUCAUGCUUGAAGGUUCAUCUAGGUCUAGCAGCAAUCAUUCACUUUACUCCAUCGGUUAUGAUUCAUUAGCAUCACCAUUUUGUGAAAUUAAUGAUGAUACUAUUGAAAUUGAUUACCCAUUCAAACAUUUAGAUUAUGAUGUUCGACUGCUGGGUACUUGUAAUGGUCUGGUUUGCAUGUGGUUGUAUGAUUAUGAAGGUCGUAGAGAUUUUCUUUGUCUUUGGAACCCAGCUACAACAGAAUAUAAAGAAAUACCAAAAUCACCAGAUGUAUUUGAUAGAUGUGAAGUUUGUUUAUUUGCUUUUGGGUAUGAUUGCAAGACUGGUGAUUAUAAGUUGGCAAUGGGUAUAGAAGCUUAUGGAACCAAGGAUAGUUCUCUGGUCCAAGUCUAUACGUUAACAACAAAUUCAUGGAAAAACGGGCAAAUUGUACCUUACAAGUUUCCUUAUAUGCAAAAAUCUGGGGUGCUUGUUAAUGAAUACCUUCAUUGGUUAGCAAAAGCCCAAGGUAACAUUAUCUUACUCUCUUUGGAUAUGGGUGACGAGAGUUUCAAAGAAAUGCAACUGCCGAUGGACAAGAAUAAGCAUCCGCAUAUGAUUCUGGGAGAGUUGGAAGGGUGCCUUUGUAUCCUUGUCAGCUCAUAUGCCAAUGGCGUUAAGCUUCAUGUUGAAGUCUGGAAGAUGCUGGAUUAUGGGGUUGGAGAAUCUUGGGCUAGGUAUUAUAUCAUUUCCCAUGAGAGUAUUAUAGCGAAUCAGUUAUUUUUGAGGCUCAUGGGGUCUUUCAAGAAUGGUGAGAUUCUGUUCUUGAGUUGCGGUAUGCUAGUAUCGUAUGACCCGAAAUAUGGAAGUGCUAGAGAAGAAGAAAUUGACAAUGUUCCAUUCUUAGAAGCCGAGAAUUAUAUUGAAAGCUUAGUUUCUCUCAACUCCGGUACUCAUGUUUGGGAAGACGACAUCUAAAGAAUCAAUGGAGACUUGAAGAGGCAGCUUGAGAAGAAAAACAGGUGAAUAUGUUAUUUAGUUCUUGGUAUUGAUAUAUAUUAAUGCAGUUUUUUAGUAGCUUGAAGUGUCAAGUUUGAGAUUAUAAGGUUACUGUGUUGCAUUUUGCUUCUCAUACUUUUAAAUCCUUGAACCUUAAUAUAUUGGGAUGAAAAUUUUGCGUUGGAGCCCUGAACUCUGAA